AUGGCCAAUCCUUGUCUCUCUUAUCCUUUUCCAAGUAAUGUCCAUGUCAUGAGCUCUGUUCCCUUGAAGCUCAAUGAUAGUAACUACUUACUGUGGAAAACACAGUUUGAGUUUCUUUUGUCCAGUCAACAACUUCUUGGGUUCGUCAAUGGGAGUGUUACGCCUCCACCAGUCACCAGAACAGUCACCCAUGACAAUACUCAGACAGAAGAGUCCAACCCUCUCUAUGAGUCCUGGUUCUGUACCGAUCAGUUGGUUCGCUCUUGGAUCUUCGGCACUCUCUUUGAAGAAGUCCUUGGAUCUGUUCAUACUCUCUCCACGUCUCACGAUGUCUGGCUUCACCUUGCCGAAUCCUACUACAAGAGCUCUCUCUCCAGGGAGUUCUCCCUUCGUCAUAGCCUGCAUUUGCUGACAAAAAACGACAAAAGUUUGGCUACAUACUGCCGUGAGUUCAGGCGUAUCUGUGAUGCUCUCAGUGCCAUCGGGAAACCAGUAGAUGAGUCCUUGAAGAUCUUUGGUUUUUUCAAUGGCUUGACCAGAGACUACGAUCCUAUUACAACAGUCAUUCAAAGUUCUCUCAACAAGCUAUCACCCCCGAGCUUCAACGAUGUUGUCUCUGAAGUUGAAGGCUUUGACACCAAGCUUCAAUCAUACAAAGAAAGCAACACAGCCGUCUCCAAUAUCGCGAUUCAAGCCCAGCAAACAAAUGAAGUUCACUAUGUUGGUAACCAAAGAGGUAGAGGACGCUUAGGUAACAAUCGUGGCAGAGGAGGUUACACGACCAGAGGAAGGGGAUUCUCUCAACACCAAACCACUCAGAACACCUCUGGAUCUCGUCCUACUUGUCAGAUUUGCAGACGAAUCAGUUAUACUGCCUUGAAGUGCUACAACAGGUUUGAUAAUACCUACCAAAGUCCUUAUGCUCAAUCCUUUGCAGCUUUGCAAGUUGCUUACCCCGUGGAAGAGAGUAGAUUACAGACUCAGGUUCCUCAGCUCAUGUGA